UCAUCUUUUUUUCUUCUCCACCACCAUCGACCUAAUAUUUACUUUUUUUCCCAUCCUCUUCUGAAGACCAACGGUGGAGCGGCCUCGUCUAGAAUGGGGAACCGAGACGAUGAAUACGAUUUCUUGUUCAAAGUCGUGUUAAUCGGGGACUCGGGGGUCGGAAAGAGCAACCUGCUCUCUCGAUUCACACGGAAUGAAUUCAACCUGGAGAGCAAGAGCACCAUUGGGGUGGAAUUUGCAACACGGAGCAUUCAGGUGGACGGCAAGACGAUAAAAGCUCAGAUCUGGGAUACGGCCGGACAGGAGCGCUACAGAGCCAUAACCUCUGCAUACUACAGAGGAGCUGUGGGUGCUCUCCUGGUCUACGACAUAGCCAAACACCUGACGUAUGAGAAUGUGGAGCGUUGGCUAAAGGAGUUGAGAGACCAUGCUGACAACAACAUCGUCAUCAUGCUGGUUGGCAACAAGAGUGACCUGCGCCACCUCAGGGCUGUGCCUACAGAUGAGGCCCGGGCCUUUGCAGAAAAGAACAAUCUGUCUUUCAUAGAAACGUCAGCCUUGGACUCGACAAACGUUGAGGAAGCCUUUAAGAAUAUCCUAACAGAAAUCUACAGGAUCGUCUCACAGAAACAGAUUGCUGAAAGGUCCGCCCACGACGAGUCUCCGGGAAACAAUGUGGUGGACAUCAGCGUGCCCCCCACCACGGACGGACAGAGGGGGAGCAAACUGCAGUGCUGUCAGAACCUGUAACCCAUAGCAACCACCCCUCCUUGUCCUCCCCUGGGUCGAUUAUUAAUUGAAAUCCACAGUGUUGGAAUGCAGCCAUUGCGCAUGGGUCCCAUUAUCAUGUGAAUCAGCACUUUUUGUUGAAUCAAUUCAAUUAUGUUACGCCAUUAAUUAUGAAUCCCCAAAUCCGUGAUUGAUUUCAGAUUUGAAUCUGACCCAGGUGCAGUCUGCUCAUUCUAGUGCACAGACAGGACUGAUGGUACACUGGUGGUCUCUACAGAGUAACAGUGAUGUCAGAAGAGUCUUACCUGAGGACUUGUUAUCCAGGGCACCUCCGUGGUAGAUAAUUAUUACCACAUAUGCUGGAGGCCUGGGGUCUGACCAUCAGUCCUGUUCUGGCUCCUCAUUUAGUCAUCAUCUCAAUAAGUGGUUGUGAUGCUACUGAAGCCUUUUUUUCUUUUUAUGUAAAUUGUUUUUUUUUUUUUUAUUAUUAUUAUUAUUUUGAUAGCUUGACCGCUCGCAUACAUUAUAUUAAUGCCAUGGAAUUAAAUUUUACAAUA